AUGACCUUACUCAUCACUAUUGCAAAUUAUAGAGUAAGUCAACUGCAAUACGAUCCUGAGAUCGAGAAGACUGCUAAAAGGUUGAGGAAGGAAACUAAGUUGCGCAAAAAUCAAGCCCUUUCAUCAACAUCCCUUCAAUCAAAUACCACAACUGAAUCAACUGCCUCUUGUUGCAAUCCCGAAGUAGAGCAAGCAAUGGCCGAAGAACAAAGGACAUUACGGGAGCUUUCUGCACCAAAUGUUAAUCAACAACCACUUUGUAUUCAACAUCCUGCAUUAGAGGUUGGUUUUGAAUUAAGGUCAGCUUCACGAGCAGCUAGCAUUAGAAGAGAAAUAUGUGGCAUUAAGCAAAGAGACGUAGAGACCCUCCACGAAUAUUGGGAACGCUUCAAGCAACUAUGUGCAAGUUGCCCCCAACAUGGAGUUUCUGAACAACUCCUUAUUCAAUACUUCUAUGAAGGAUUGCUGCCCAUGGAAAGAAAUAUGAUGGAUGCAGCUAGUGGAGGUGCUAUAGUGAACAAAACUCCUCGUGAAGCUAGAGAUUUGAUAUCCAUCAUGGCUGCUAAUUCACAACAAUUUGGAUGUAGACAAGACGCAUCUCCAAGAAGAGUGAAUGAGGUAAAUAUUUCUUCCAUUGAGAAUAAACUAUCUCAUUUAACUACUCUUGUUCAACAGUUAGCUGUAGGAAAUAUGCAGCAAGUAAAAGCUUGUGGGAUAUGUGCUGCUACUGGACACCAAACUGACAUGUGCCCAACACUUCAAUACGAUUCGUGUGAGCAAGCUAAUGCAAUUGGAGGGUUUCUGGGCCAACCACAAAGAAAUUAUGAUCCCUACUCAAAUACAUAUAACCCAGGAUGGAGGGAUCAUCCAAAUUUCAGCUACAAGCCGCGUCCACAAUUUCCACAGUUUCACCCUAGACAACCAAUUCAACAACCUUCAUCUUCACAACAAUCAUCCUCUAAUUCAGGUAUGUCACUGGAAGAUAUUGUUAAAACACUUGCUACUAACACACAACAAUUUCAGCAAGAAACAAGAACAAGUAUUCAACAUUUGGAAAGUCAGGUGAGCCAACUAGCAUCUACCGUGAGUAGAUUGGAAUCUCAAGGUAAAUUACCCUCACAAACUGUUGUAAAUCCAAAGCAAAAUGCAAGUGCAGUUACCUUGAGAAGUGGGAAAGAGCUGCAAGAACCUACUCAAGUGAAAAGCAGACACAACCGAGAUGAAGAAAAGGAAAAAGAAGUUCAUCCACCCCAAAAUGAUCAAAAGCUUGUCAAAGAACAUCCGGAGGCUGUGGUAAUUCCUCCCCCUUUUCCUAGUAGAUUGGAAAAAUCAAAAAAGGAUGAAGAACAAAAAGAAAUACUUGACACAUUUCGAAAGGUUGAGGUAAAUAUUCCUUUACUUGAGCUAUUAAACAAAUUCCUCGAUAUGCUAAAUUUCUUAAAGAGUUGUGCACAAAUAAAAGAAAAUUGA